GGCCGGAGCGGGGUAGGGCUGGGGCUGGGAGCGCUCGACAGGGACGGGAUAGAUGAGGGCUGUGUGUCCCUGAGCGUGUGUCCGACGCCGCAGCCUCGGCCGGAGGUAUCCUGAGAUGAGCCUCGCCUGGCGGGCGCUCCGCGCCUUGCGGCUCCGGCUCUUGGGCCCCGCCAAGGAGCUGGUGGGCACCGACCAGUUCGGCAACAAGUAUUACCGGGUGCCCAAGCACGAGACCCGCGCAGGGCGAAUUAUACCAGAAAGAAGAUUUGUAGAAGCAGUAAAUCGUGAAGCAUAUCAGUAUCAAAUGGGUGACUUUCCAACAGAAUGGGAAGCAUGGAUAAGAAGAAAAAGAAAGGAUCCACCCACCAUUGAGGAGAUUCUUAGGAAUGAAAAUUAUAGAGAAGAAAUGAAACAGAAAAUAAAAGAUGUAUCUGAAAAGGAUAAGCUGCUUCAGUCCAAGGAAUACAAGGAGGGACUUGUUGCUGAACCAGGUCAUACUCAGGUUAAAGGUCAUGCAUCUGCCCCUUACUAUGGAAAGAAGGAGCCUUCGGAAGAUCCCACAAGCACUGCAAAUACCUUCCAGCCUGGUGCCUGGAUGCCACCAGGCAGUGGUAGUAGUCAAAAUAAAUGAACAAUUGUAUUGUACAGAUUAUUGCUCAUGGAUAAAUGCUUUAACAGACAACAUAAAGAGCUUUAUAUGAAAGUGUGCAAUGAAGUGGUAUUAAAGCAGUUUAAUUUACUUUUGCAGAACUAUUCAAAUGGGCUUAAUCAUGAAAAACUGAUGUAAAAUGUUUGGGUUUAGUGAAAAACAAGAUGUGUUACUAAGUUAAGUUUGGUUUUGACAGUUGCUGUUCAUCAGUUAGUCUUGAAUUCAGUUAGAAUGUUGUCUAACUUAAUUUCCCUAAAAAAGUCUAAAUUGUUUUUUCCUUGAAUAGUAAUUAUUUUUAAAAUUGUUUUUGAUGUAAUGGUCGGUACGCUUACAUUUUCACAAACCUUGGCCAAGAUAUCUCUUUAGAAUAACUCCCUUGUCAGUGCCAGUCUGCUUUCCACUGGCAAGCAGAUGGAAAAGCUGAUUUCAUUGACAGGAAUCACUAUGACACGACACUGAUUACACACUGUAUUCCUCAUAGAGACGUGCUUGUAACUUAAAGAAAACAGUCAAGAUAUCUGAAUGUUUGAUUUGAAGCCAGCAAUUUGCACAGGAUAAAAUCAGUUAAACUACAUAUAGCUGCUAUAAUAGAGGCUGGAAGUACUUGAUAAAGCUGCUGCAAAAUAAUAUGAGGUUUGGGACAAGGGACUGUCAUGAAUAUUUAAAGAAAAAAAAUAAAAUUAGUUUUUAUUUCUGGUGUAUCCAUGGACUUCCCUGAAUGAUUAAAUCAUUUUGGCCACAGUUUAGAUACAUAAAAUGUAUGGAUUAUUUGCUUAGAGAGGAUGUUUGAGAACUUCGAAUAAAAAUAAAGACCACACAAUUUUUUUUCAAAAA